AUGGAACUGUGCAUGGAUAAUUCAUCAUCUAUUCAGAGCAAUAAAAAUGGAUUUCAGAUCCACAUUGAGCGCGAUAGUUCCAUAAUAUACAAGACGCCCAAUUCGGAUCCAAAUGUCUCUAAUGGUGUGUCAGCUUUCAUAACUCAAGAAGAGUUGGAUAGAUUCCAGGCUGUUUGGUGGAGUCCAACGAGUACCAGGUUAUUAUAUGAACGAGUUGAUGAGACUUCAGUGCGCUCAUUAAUGUUUGUCUGUCCAGGACGAGAAGCAGCUCCUCCAAUGAAAUAUCCCGUUGCUGGCACGGAUAACGCUAUAUCUCAGCUGCGUAUUAUCAUGAUUGAUGGCAAUGCUGUUGUCGACUGCGGACUGAAGGAGCCUCUGAAAUCCCGAUUUCCAUGGGUAGAGUACAUAGCUCGUGCUGGUUUUCUCAACGAUGGCAAAACAGUAUGGGUUCAAGUAUUGAAUCGCACUCAGUCACAGGCUUCCCUGAUUCUACUGCCAGAAUCCGAAUUCGAAGGUUUCAGAUCCACAGGCCCCAUUCUUAACGCAAGUAUUGUUAAGAAUGAAGUAUCAAGUGCGUGGAUCAACACGCAUAACUCAAUUGUACCUCUGGACAGUAACAUUUCUACGAUCGAAUUCAUUUACGCAAUAAUUUAUGAAUUGCUUUAUUACAGAUCCACUCGGCGCUAUGCUAUGGUAAUGAGACCGUCUAAUUACGAGACAAACCGGUGUUACCCUGUGUUGCACUACAUUUAUGGUGGUCCUGGAAUACAGCUUGUUCGAAAUGACUACAGCACGUGGAUUCCAUUUCAAAAAUAUACUAAGCUGGGAUUUGUUGUUGUUAUGCUCGAUGGUCGUGGGUCAAGUAAUCGAGGCACCGACUUUGAAUUUCCUAUUUUCGGAAAGCUUGGACAAUGUGAAGUAGAGGAUCAGGUGGAAGGAUUACGAGAAGUGGCGCAGAUUAUGGACGGAAUGUUAGAUCUGACAAGGGUGGUCGUACAGGGCUGGAGCUAUGGUGGCUAUAUGUCAUUACUCGCUCUUGCUAAGUAUCCUCAAGUAAUUCGAGGGGCUGUUACUGACUGGAAAUUGUACGAUACAGCAUACACAGAACGGUAUCUGGGUUACGGAGAAGACCGCGAUCCAUUCUAUGAAGAAUCUUCCGUCAUCAAGCACGUAGACAAGUUACCUGACCAACCUGGUAGAUUGCUCAUUGUGCACGGUCUUCUGGAUGAAAAUGUCCACUUCCGUCAUACUGAGGCACUUAUUGAGCAACUAAUUAAGGCUGGAAAGCCUUACCAGUUACAGCUUUUCCCAUCAGAAAGACACGGUAUUCGCUCAUCAGAUGGUGCUGCAUAUCUCGACGCUAGUAUUUUGAACUUCAUCCAGCAGGCCCUCAAAGAAUGA